AUGCUCCUGAAAGUGAAGUCUCUGUUCCAGGACGAGCUUUCCAAGCCUUCGGUUGACGACAUACUCGGUGCACUGCAACGAUUGCGGAAAAGACCAGACCUUGAACGCUUCAGCAGCCAAGACAUACCAAGCCAGUCCGUCAAUCGAUAUGAGCGCACCAUGACUCUUGUUACACAUCUCAUCCAGCGACGAAAGUAUCCUCCGUCCUUGUUCAUAUAUGAGUGCGUCAUGGACGCCAUGGUGGAUGCCCAGGUUUCCACGUUUGCGGUACGCAAGCUGCUCAAGGAGAUGGAGCGCAACGCCAUGCCGCCAACCGAAUACGUGCUCAACAGCGUGUUGCUGUUCCUAACCAUACAUCCGGACUAUGCGUUGCGGUCGCAAGUGCUCGACACCUUGGAGCGCCAAUGGCAUGCAAUCAGCGACGAUGCGCGUGCCUACGUGCUUGUUGCGAUGCUGCGCGAGGGACAGUUUGAGCUCGCCUAUGAUGGCUUCGUCUCGGAUCUGGAAGCGGGCAAGACUUUUGAGCCCUGGGUCUAUGACAUCUUCAUCGUCGUGUUUGGGCACGAGGGCUUCCUGGACGAGAUGCUGGACUUGGCUGCCAAACGAAGGGCCAUUACCGUGCAGGACGAUGCAGGCACAUUCAAUCUGCUGUAUUUUACUCUGGAUGUGUGCAGCAGCGCCUCACACUACCCAGGCACGGUCUGGUCCUGGUUGGCAGGGAUGAAGGACGACAAGACGGUGCCUUCGGAUGGGAUCUUGGAGAACGUGCUCGCCACGGCAGCUAGACAUGGAGACGCAACACUCGCAGCUGAGGUACACAGCAUGAUCUCGAGACGCACCCGCAUCCACAUCCACCACUACGACGCGAUGGUCGAGGCCUUCGCCGGGAAUCAGAAUGUGGAGGGUGUGCUGCGCGUGAUGGAAAUUAUGCACGACAAUGGCCUGCCGAUCUCGCGGAAAACCGCCCUGCCACUGACAGAGCUCCUUUGCGCUCAUCCCAAGCUGAUCCCAGAGGUGGAAGAUGUCACGCGGGAGAUUGCACAGAAGCGCGACAGCGGCCGCAUUGCUGGGGAUAUCGUCGAUCACGUGCUUGAAGCCAAGGCCAAGUCAACAGGGGCCGACUCGGCUCUCGCUCUGUACGAAGAGGCCUUGGCAUUAACAGGCCGCAAGCCCUCUGUGGCAACAAUUCAAGACAUGAUCGUCUACAGCAAAGAGGAGGAGUACAGGUCUCGCUUCAUUGACGACUACAGAAGUCGCCAUACCGAGUUGUCGGGCUCCUCCAAAAUAUGGCGCAAGAGCCACGCGGUCAAGCUGUUGCAAGUCUUCAUGGAGCACGGAGACCUCGACUUGACAUUUUGUCAUCUCAAUACUUGGCUGGAGAACAAGACAGCCAGCGAAGCAGAUCUCCCUGCGCAUUCGCUGCGUCUCCUGACACAUGCUGCAUCUGAAGCGCAUGACAAGACGAUAGUGGAUACAUAUGACCACUACCGUCGCCUCGGGAACCAAGACGCCUUGAAUAUCAUCAAAGCGACAGUCGACACAGUCAAGCCGCAAAAGCCAGAAACAUUCUAA